AUGGACUCCAUCUCCAGAGUGGAGAUGUUGGCUGCCUGUCUGCUCAGUGUCCUGGGAGAGAAGUGCUUUCCUCCCCCAGCUCCCCCCGAGAUGCCCCCAAACACCUUUGAGAGGAAGCAGUGGAGCCACACGCUGCUGACAGCAGCCACACACUAUCUGCAGUGGCUGCAGCGCAGGCUCCCAAAGACCAACAUCUACAGAGGGGACUUCAAGCAAAAAGACAUCAAGUGGCAGGCUCUCAUUAAAGGAAAUGGCUUUCAUAUUUAA